GGAUAUAGUACGUUGUUGGUCGUCUAAGAUCAGAUCACCAUAGUACGUGCAGGCGGAGGACGGAAAAAAAAUUAGGUAUGGCUCGGCGGACGGCGGAAGCUCGGCGGUCGGCGUGUCGCGCUCGCGGACGGAUCUGCUCGGCGGACGGCGAAGCCGGAAGGCACAGCAGCUCGGCGGACGGAGGGACAGGGACAGGCGGACAGCGGCUCGACAGGCGAACGGAGGCACAGGGGCAACGGCGCGUGCUCCGGCCGAGCGGACGGCGGGCUGAGGUGCGGAGCUGCUCCUGCUCGCCUUCUCGGGCCGUCGGGCGAACGGCGGACGGCGCGCCGGAGUCGCGGAGCGGCUCGGUCCGAGGCUCCAAGCCCGAGUGGACGGCGGACGGCGGGCGGAGCGCCUGAGCAGUGAGCAGCGGAGGCGCGGAGUCGGCGGAGAGGCUCGGUCCGAGCCCGAGCGGACGGCGGGCGGAGGCUGGAGGCGCGGAGCUGCUCGCCUGCUCCGCUGCUCGGGCCCUCGGGCGCUCGCCGGACGGGCGGACCGCGGACGGUGGCCGGAGAACCGUAGCCGCGGCGCGCCGGCGCGGCUCGGGGCCUCGGGCCAAGCGGACGGCGGACAAUCGCCAGAGCCCAGAGGCGCAGACGGUGCUGGGACCGUUGGCUCGGGCCUCGGCGCUCGGCGGCGGACGUGCGGGAUGGCGGACGGCUCAAGCGCUCGGGCGGCUGACUGAUUAGGGUUUAGAAGCUGGGCUGGAUUUUUUUUUUAUGGUUUGAGCCAUAAUAGGCCAUAAUGGGCCCUCCGCCCCUAUACGUGCUAAUGAUCGUGUUUCGUGGC